GGUGGCGGUCCAGCGAUUCAGGACCCAGAAAGAACCUCUCCUGAUGAUGUAGAGGAUGAGCCGAUGACACCAGGCUCUUCGAACGAGGACGAAGAGGACGGGCCAGCUAUUCAGGGUGGCGGUCCAGCCAUUCAGGACCCAGAAAAACCCUCUAUAGACAAUGUAGAGGAUGAGCCGAUGACACCAGGUUCUUCGGACGAGGAAGAAGAGGACGGGCAGGUUAUUGAAGACCGAAAAAAACCCUCUCCUGACGAUGUAGAGGACGUGCCGAUGACACCAGGUUCUUCGGAGGAAGAAGAAGAGGACGAGCUGGCUAUUCAGGGUGGCGGUCUAGCGAGUCAGGGCCCAGGAAGUUCCUCUCCCAACAAUGUAGAGGAUGAACCGACAAUACCAGCAUCAGAAAAAGAAGAAGAGGAUGAGCAGGCUAUUCAACAUGGGGGCUCAGGUACACAAAGCCAUACAACUCCUUCACAAGGGUCCUCUUCUGAAGACGAAGUUGAGGACCUCAUAUCCCAUCAAGGUAGCCGGUCCCUAUCUCCCAUAUCAGCUAGUCUCCUUAAACUCGUCGGGGAAACGAAUACUUGGUCCCCAGACCUCUCAAGCUUUGAGGAGAAACUCAUUGAUACCUGGAUCAAUAAGGACAUGUUCACGGACGGAAUACAAAGUCCCACGGGAAAGAAAGGUCUUCAUGAAGACGAACCUGACUCAAAGGUCAAGGCAUUUGAACCUUUUACUGAUCUACCUCGCCAACACAGUAAAACUCUGGACAUCCCAAGCCUAGAUUCUUCUAGAAGACUUUCGAUCCACUAUGAAUCUUAUGACCAAAGCACCCUGGAGGACAUUGAAGCCGUAAUUGUCAAAGUUCACCAGACGGCAUCUGCUGAUGGGCGUGAAUUUGGACCGGGUGCCCGUUCCAAGCCCUUUCCUAUCUUCGAAGUUGAGUACUCCGACUUCAAUUCAUCUCUCCUCUUCCCAGAGGCCCGCAAACAGAGGAUUUUUCACAAUCAACACAUCCUUAUCCGUAACGCUCCCUGCCCAGACUCCAGUGAGCCCAAAUUUGACGAACUCACCUUCAGUGAGCACCUAGGAUCUGUUUCUGAGCUCCGAACCCUCCACGAUGCCACUUUAUUGGGGGAGUCGGAGCUGAAAAAGGAUGCCAACAAGGUUCAUUCCUCGGGAACGUUGUCUGAUGUCAUCCUGGCCACCCAGAAUCCUCGGGGUAAAAUCCUCAACUGUCUUGACCUUCCUCUUUCACCUGAUCACUUCCCUCCCCCCCGAGGAUUAUCUACUGACUCUGCAGUCAGGCAGAGGUUGAAUGGAUAUUUUACGCACUGCAAGCGAUGGGGUCUGGCUGCGACAGCUUAUGCGACUCACAAGGGCCAUGUUGAUGUCUCUGGCUAUGCUACCUAUGUACGAGUUUUGGUUGGAAAAAAGUACUGGAUUGUGGGGUGCCCAAGGACACCAGGCGACUUUGGUUCCAUAGAUUCCUUUGGGCAAGGGUAUGAGGCCGACCUCAGUAACAGUCAACAAUGGGCCAUUCACGGUGUAAUCCUAGAGCCAGGUGAUAUUUUUAUCAUGUCUCCAUGCACCCCGCACUUUGUGCUUACGUUAGAACCAACUAUUUGCCAAGGUGGUCACUUCUACUGCUGUCAAACUAUGGAGGCCACAGGAUUUUGCCUCUUUCAAACAUUUAUCGCUGCUAACUGGCUCACAAACAAGCCUGAUGGUCCCUCUCGGCAAGAUUUGCACAUUAUCAUAGAAAGUUGGGCACAGUCUAUCCUCACAACACCGAAAAACUACCUAGAACUUGUCGAAAAAGCGAAUCAAAGUGAAUCUCGAGUUAUUCCCCACCUCCCCAACUUUACACUCUUUGAUGACAUCCGUGGAUUUUUUAUGCUACGGAGCAUAGCUCUGCUCGGUCCUGUGCUUGAUUACAGACUAUAUGUGGACAAAGAGGCUCACAUACAGGAGUCUAUAUCUCGUGAGGAACAGGAAAGCUACUCUAAAGCUUUCCAUCAGGCAGAACUUAUUGCAAGCUGGGUUUUUGACAACUAUGACUUAGUAUCCACAUCACCUGCCUCUACUGUCUCACUCCAGGACUUGAUGAACAGCUGGUUCAUCCAGCAGUGCAAGGCUCUUCUUGUUCACAAGGUCCAGGCAUUGAAGGGAAGCAUCUCUGGAGAACUGGGGUCCAUCACUGCUGAAAAAAUCAGAAACGCUAUAACCUAUCAGUCAAAAGGAGUAGAUUGGUUCUACAGCGCCUGGUCAGCUCUGGGGAGGUCAAGGAGUCUUGAGGAGUUUAUGGAAGGGUGGGACCAGGAUCCAAGGAACCUGACCUACGCAUUGAAGCCCCAUGCAGAUGGUCUCGAGUACAUCAUACAAAGGAAGCUAUAAAGUAAUACAUAUGUUGGAUUUGGCCUCAAAUAAGGUCAAAAAUUGUAGCCCAAGUACACCAUUUAUAGUCAGAAGCACCCUACAAGCAAGUCGACUAAAUUGUCCAAGCUGCCUCAG